AUGAGAGAAUUGGAUAAUGAUGAAGGAAGUGGAGAGGAUGAAACAGAAUUUAGUGGUAAUGAAUCAAGUGAUAAUGCGAAAGAUUUGGAAGAUGAUAUUGAGGCCGCGGCCCUCCGCCCCCGACCAGCACUGCCGUCAGCCGCCAGCCGCCAGCCGCCAGACGCCGCUAUUGAUGCCGUCUGGCGCGGUGCUGCCGCCGCCACUGCGCACGCGCCGCCUCUGACCCAGUUGCGGCGCCGCGACGCACCGUCUGGCCGCCGGCCUCCGCCAUCGCCCCCUCCACCCCCGCGCGGCGCGGCGGCGCGUGCGGCCUCUGCCCCCCGCCCCCGCCCCCGGCGCCGGCACGUGGCGGCGCGGCCUUGGCCCCCGGGCCGGCUGGCAGUGAUAAACCAGAAAUCGAGUCGGGCGGAGUGCGCUCCGGCGAUCCGCAGCAAAUUACGGCGAAAGCGAGGUCCGGCGAAGGGGCGCCGCCCCCGCCCCCGGCUGCACGCGCCGGCCGCCCACGGUCCGCCCUCGGUGGCGGCGGCGGCGGCGGCGGCGCGCACGUGCGGCCGUUGGCAGAGCCCCGGCGUCGCCCACGCGGCGCCACGUGUCCGCCCGGCGGCCGUGACCUUGCGCCGCCGCGCCGCGCCGCAGCAUCCCCCGGCGUCCGGCGCACCCCCGGCGCCGCGCCUACCCCUCACCGCCACCGACUCCCCUGCAGCGCAGCCCGCGCGUGGUGUUGUGUCGCCAGAAAGCCGCAGGGGCGAAGCUGGGGGCGGCGUCGGCGGCCCGGGCGGCGCUGCAGCCCGCCUAGGCGCGCCGCGCCUAGCCUUGCCUAGGCUAGGCCAGAGCCAGCCUGCGCUAGGCGGGACUAGGCCGGCCAGGGCGAGGCCACGCCGGGUGACCCAGUUCGCAGCCGGCGCCGUUCGAUACCUGCCCCAGACGGCCGCCGCUCCAGACCAGCGCACCAUCACCACCACCACCACCACCACCACAAACAUGGCCACCAACACCAGCACCAGAGGCGCACACGGACGCCGCGACGGCCGCCCGCCGGCCCAGAGCAAUUAG